AACAGGGAACUAGAGUUCCACCGCGUCCUCGUUUCCUCUCGGUGUGUUUUUGCUGUGGCACCGGCGGCAGCAGCUUAGUCGCGGGUCUCAGUCUCUGAUCGUCUCCUCGUGUUUUAAUGAAACUGUGAGGAUGUCACGAUGACAGAUCAAUGCAUCAUUGAUACUAGUUUAAUUCAUCUUUAGCUCUCUGUGUUUUCUAUGCCUCGGUUUCCUGGACUUCCUGUAAGUCUUCAAUGACGACCUUCUCAUCAAUGGCUACACUCUGGUCUAAAAUCUCUGCUGCUCUGCCUCCUAAUGAGGAACAGUUCCCUCUGCAGUUCAGUGACACGGUGGAGUCGAGUGUGGUGGACGUGUUGAAACGCUCCAGGCAGCAGCUGUACGGCGACUCUACGAGCACCAGUCGCUCGCUCAGUGCUCAGAUCAUUUUGGAUUUUUCAUGGGAGAAGCUCAACACGGGAACGUGGCGCCACGUGGACAAAGAGUGGAGACGUGUGUAUUCGUACGGCUGCCUGUUCAAAGUAGCCGCUCUGUGCCGUGACGCUCCGUCAGAGAACGAGAUCCAGCAGGCUGUCAGGACUUGUGAUAUGGGUUUGCUAAUGGGUGCAGCCGUCAUGGAUAAUAUUCUUCAGGUUAUAGUUGGGAUUCUGCAGGAUGAGGUCAGGAAGGCGUCUAAAGAAGAAGAUGAACCAGCUGAGGUGAAGAGACUGAAGCUGGAGCGGCCACAUGUUCCUGCGAUCAGAGAAGAGCUUGCGGUUCCCAGGGUAAAGUGUCCGUCGCUGGAGAGCUUCAACACAAACCACCUGCUGCCCCUCAAACCAGUGAUUUUAGAAGGGACCAUUGACCACUGGCCUGCACUCAACGGACACCGCUGGAGCAUAGAAUACCUGAGGUCUGUGGCUGGGUGUCGGACCGUUCCCGUCGAGGUGGGAUCCAGGUACACGGACGAGGAAUGGUCACAAACUCUAAUUACGGUCAAUGAAUUCAUGGAUCGAUAUAUUUUGAAUAAAGAUGGAGUGAAGGGUGUGGGUUAUCUGGCUCAGCACCAGCUUUUUGAUCAGAUACCAGAGCUGAAGGAAGACAUCCGUCUCCCUGAUUAUUGCUGUCUUGGUGAGGAAGAUGAAGAUGAUAUUACAGUAAACGCAUGGUUUGGGCCUGGAGGUACAGUGUCUCCUCUUCACCACGACCCGCAACAGAACUUCUUGGCUCAGGUUGUGGGGAGCAAAUACAUUCGCCUGUAUUCCCCAGAGGACACGGACAAGCUGUACCCUCAUCAAUCACAGCUGCUUCACAAUACUAGUCAGUGCAGGUGGAGGUGGAGAAUCCAGACAUGGACCGAUUCCCGGAAUUUUCCAAGGCUCCAUAUCUAGAAUGUGUGUUGCAGCCCGGAGACGUGCUGUUCAUCCCUGUCCGACACUGGCAUUACGUCCGAUCCUUGGAGCUCAGCUUCUCUGUCAGCUUCUGGUGGUCGUGAAUUCAGAUUCCAUAAUGAUAAUAGAAAUAUAAAUUAUUUUUUAAUAGUAUUCUGCUGUUUCCUGCUGCUGCUGUGUACGGAAAUCAGUGUGGCGAUUUUAACUAAAGCUAAUUCUCAUAAAUGUGAGGACAACGGCUGAUCAAACAAACCUUUGAUCCAUGAACAAUGAACACACUCUCCAGAAUGAUUAGUUUAAUUGUGCUGCUGAUGACUGCAACAACAUCUAUUGUGUGGAAAGCCGACUGUGGAGAUACAAAAACAACAAAUGAGCGGUUAAAAGUGUUUGCGCUCAUUUCAUCUCGCAUAUAAUUUACAGAAGGCUGUCGUCUAAUUUGAUAGGAUAUGUUUCUCUUUUCAAAUUGGCUUAUUUAAUUGUGCUCUCAACCUUAUUCCUACAAAUAUCCUCAGUUGUGUGAUUUCCAUAAUUCAUGGAAAUGAGUCCUCAGAUUUAAUAACCGAGUGAGAUACAGGUACAAAAAAAUGUUGUAAUAAACACGGAUCUCUGGUUAAACUGACAGUGUGGCAAUCAAGCAGGUCACAAAUGAGACUUAAUAAAUUAAAUGUAUUAUUCCUCCGGGGCGCAGAUAGACUUCCAUUAAAAUGGUCUAAUUUGUUAAGUACCCCGACACAUUUCAACUGUUGUCGAGCAGCAAAAACACAACACCUGACUCCCAAGUUUUUUUAUUUCUGAUUUCAGCCCCAGUCUUGAAUCCUGUCAGUCCAUUUCACUUAAACCUGCUCAUCACAUCCAUGAGGUUUGAGGAGAUGUGAGAAAAGAAAAGUAGAUCAGCACUCAUGUUCACUUUUGAUCUGCUUUUCAACCAAAUUCACAGUGAGAUAAAGAACUGUUCAGGGAAAUCAAGGAGCUGAAGGGCUUGGGGGAAAUUUUAAUAAAACAACAUCACAUGAAAAA